AUGGCUCAAAUUAUACGUUUAAUCCUUUUAACAUUAUUGGCGGUGAGCACGGUGCAUUCACUAGCUAUUGGUUAUCCUUAUCGCUCAGAAUUAUUGGCAUACGCUCCAGCACGUGGUCAAUUUCCAGUCAGUAGCUUAUUGGCGCAGGGUUAUAUACGUUAUUUAGAUGCCAAUGGUGUGGAACGUUUGGUUGGUUAUACUUAUCCUGAACCAUUACAUGGUGUGAGAAGGCUAAGUUAUGGCAACGAAGAUAUUGUCCAACCAUUACUGAAGUUCAAUGUUCAAUCUGGUGACGAAAGUGAUGCAACGCGGUUACGAGAUGAACAUUUUCGUAUUUGGUAUGAACAACGCUAUCAGGCACUAAAACUUGAACGUGAAAGAUUACGUGCGGAAGGUAAGAUACCCUCACCUGAUAUGUUAGCUCAAUUGAUCCGCUUAGAGCAAAUACUUUUCGAGUCUAACCAAAUGCCAAAUGUUGAAACACCUGAAGUGAAACUGGCACGUGAGGAACACUUGCGGCUUUGGAAUGAGGCGCGCCUUAAAGUAACACAAAAAGAAGCCGAACAACAGAAAUUACAAACCAUUAAGGAAAAUAAUUCACAAGAGCCUAAUAAAUUGGCCAAUACUGGAGAGUUAAAGACUUAUCAUGAAUUGCCUGCAAUAGUUGGGGAGACUGCGGAGCAGAAGAAAGCACGCGAGGAACAUCUACGUAUUUAUAAUGAACAUCUAUUGCGUAUAAAGCAAUUGGAAGAUGAACGUAAAGCUGCGAUGAAUUUGGUAAAAAUGGUUGAGCCAAUAAAACAAGAGACUGUAAAUGAUGCAGCACAACCAAGUCAGAUUGUGGUGGAAACACCAGAAGUUUCGCUAGCUAAGGCAGAACAUUUUCGUUUGUGGAAUGAAGCAAAAUUACGUGCUGAGAAGGAAAAUAUUGAGCAAUCUAAUGAUCAAGUCACAAUUGAUAACGCUAAAAAUCCAUUGAUAUCUGACUUUAAAGCUAUUUCGACUGGUGUACAACAGAAUGUACAAUCACUACAGCAGAACGAAGCAAAUCUUAAAAACUAUGCAACCACGCAGCAAUUCGGGGCCUCACAAAAACCAGUGCAAGAUACACCAGAGGUAAUACGUGCGCGUGAAGAACAUUUGAGACUUGUUAAUGAAGCUAAACUUAAAGCAGCUGUAAUACCCUCUCCAAACACUGACUCAGUUGUAAUACCAGCUGUUGAAAGCAAAGGCUCUGAAAUGCAGCAAUUUGCUUCACUUGUGGGUAACGUACCACUAACUCCUCUUUCUUAUAGCGUACCCCUACUUAAGGGAGAACAAACAAAUAUUCUGCAACAAAAUGAGCAAGUACAGUACACACCAGAAGUAAUACGCGCCAGGGAAGAGCAUUUAAAACUAUUGCAGGAGGCCAAGCUUAAAUCAAACGAAUAUCAGAAGAACGAGCAGAUUGCUAUAGCUGACAACCAGCAUGACUACCGCCCAAUAGCGGAAGCCGAUAAGCUUAGAGCUGUGGAGCAUAUGAAAGAAGAACAAAUGUUCCUUGAAGCUGAACGAUUGCGUGAAGCUGAACGUGUACGCGCUGAGGAAAGGGAACGCAUAGCGCAAGUUAUGCUAGAAUCUGAACGUCAGGAAGAAGAAGAACGUGCCAUGAUUGCAGAGCGUAUACGAUUACAAGAAGAAGAAGCACUUCGUCGUGCAACAGAAAAAGAAGCUGAAUCCAAAAUAUAUCAAACCGAACAGCAAGUGAUUCUGAAAGCAACACAACCGCAACAAAUGGCUGAAGUGCCACAAAACCUGGGUAUAGUUAAGUCUUUAAUACAAUCAGCACCAAAUCUACAGGAUAAUAAAUUACCAUAUAUGGCACCAUUACCAGCACAGCCAGAUGCUGCUAUUGCUUCAGAUAAAUAUAUUCUUGGACAACAAAAACUGGCACUACCUCAGACAACGGGCUAUGUAUUGCUCGCUUCAGCACCUCCAAAUGCAUUCCAUUUAAAGAAUCCAUUUUUGCUCCGCUACACGAAUGCAAUCAAUGGCAUUAAUGUUGUGGCACAGAAACAGCAGUUGAAUAAUAAGCCAUUGGAGAUAAGUCCGCAGCUCUACGAAAAAGCCACAUUGCUACCAGAGAAUCAAAGUGCUGCAAUAAAAAUCAGUUAUGGCGCAGAUAGUGGACUGAGUGAAUUGGAAAAGGCCACUCGUGAACAUUUCCGUGCUCAUGAGAUUGCUUUGGAACAAUUGCGAAUAGCGAAUUUAAGGGAUGCACAAGAGAAGAAUUGUAAUUAA